AGGAGCAUAUUUUAUGAAAAGCACCAUAGACUGAAAGACCAAACAUGAGGGUAGCAGGUGCUGCAAAGUUGGUGGUAGCUGUAGCAGUAUUUUUACUGACAUUUUAUGUUAUUUCUCAAGUAUUUGAAAUAAAAAUGGAUGCAAGUUUAGGAAAUCUAUUUGCAAGGUCAGCAAUCGACACAGCUGCACGUUCUACAAAGCCUCCCAGAUACAAAUGUGGGAUUUCAAAAGCUUGCCCUGAGAAGCAUUUUGCUUUUAAAAUGGCAAGUGGAGCAGCCAAUGUGGUGGGACCCAAAAUCUGCCUGGAGGACAAUGUGUUGAUGAGUGGUGUUAAGAAUAAUGUUGGAAGAGGGAUCAAUGUUGCCUUGGCAAAUGGAAAAACAGGAGAAGUUUUAGACACUAAAUAUUUUGACAUGUGGGGAGGAGAUGUGGCACCAUUUAUUGAGUUUCUGAAGGUUAUACAAGAUGGAACAAUUGUCUUAAUGGGAACAUAUGAUGAUGGAGCAACAAAGCUCAACGAUGAGGCCCGGCGGCUCAUUGCUGAAUUGGGGAGUACAUCUAUUAAUAAUCUUGGUUUUAGAGACAACUGGGUCUUCUGUGGUGGGAAGGGCAUUAAGACAAAAAGCCCUUUUGAACAGCACAUAAAGAACAACAAGGAUACAAACAAGUAUGAAGGAUGGCCUGAAGUUGUAGAAAUGGAAGGGUGCAUCCCCCAGAAGCAAGACUAACGGAAAUGAGGAGGAAAUGGAAGAAUGCGCACUUUCACUGUUAACAGGAGAGCUGUAAAAGAGAAACUACGUGUAAAUAUUUUAAGAGCAUGCAGCCAUCUUGGUGUGUGCAUGAGCAUUAUUAUCUCUUUUGAUAUCAGGAUUAUUUAUUGCUAACAUAACUAGAUAGUGUUGUAAAUAGUCAUCAUCAUGAGCAAAUCAUUGAACCAUCUCUAAGCACAUUUCCCUAAAAGUACAAUGUUUAGACUGCUUUGGUAAUGACAUUUUAAUUCUAAAAGCAUACUCAAUGGAUAACUGAACAGAUUGUGAAAAAUAUAUUGAUAUAUAUAUUGGUUGCUGUGAAAAUCUGUCACGGAAUAAUAUGGAUUUUGGGGAAGAGACUUUAUUUUCUUUUAUACAUGUCUAUGUUGCCUUGUGAUGACAUUAUCCUUUAAAUUAAAGAGAUUUGGCUAGUUGUGUG